AUGUCAUCAGACAAGAAGCAGUUCGAGAGUGGCUUCCAGCCGGAAAUCCAACAUCAGAAUGUCCCAGGAAAGCAGGCCAACAUGGACCCAUCGCCGUCGACCGAAUACGUACCCACGCCCGAAGGCGGCUACAAGCUCUACCAAGCAGCCGGCAAGCUCAAAGACAGAAAAGCCCUGAUCACCGGCGGAGACUCAGGGAUCGGACGAGCAACAGCAGUCCUCUUCGCCAUGGAAGGUGCAGACAGCUUCAUCACCUACCUGCCAGAAGAGAAAGAGGACGCAGAGGAGACGAAGAAGCUCGUGGAGAAACACGGUCGAAAAUGCUUCACAUACGAAGUCAAUCUCAAAGGCAAAGACGCCUGCAAGAAGGUCGCACACGAAGCAUUGAAGCAGCUGGGACACGUCAACAUCCUCUUCAACAACCACGCCUAUCAAAUGGUCAAGAACGACAUCACCGAGCUAUCGGAAGAGCAGUGGCUAGAGACCUUCGACACCAACAUUCAUCCAUUCUUCUUCCUCUCCAAAUACCUGCUCCCACACAUGAAGCGCGGCGACACCAUCAUCAACAACGCCUCGAUCAACGCCUACAUCGGCCGACCAGAUCUCCUCGACUACACUUCAACGAAAGGCGCAAUCGUAUCCUUCACCCGCGCUCUGAGCAACCAGUUCGUCUCGAAAGGUAUUCGUGUCAAUGCCGUCGCUCCAGGUCCAGUCUGGACGCCAUUGAUCCCGGCGACGAUGGGAGAAGAGCAGCAGAAGCAAUUCACCAGUCCCAUGGGACGACCUGCUCAGCCAUCUGAGAUUGCCACCUGCUUGGUCUUCCUUGCUUCCACGGACAGCUCGCAGCUGAGUGGUCAGACUAUACAUGCCAAUGGUGGUGCUAUUGUGAACGGUUAG